AUAAAAUCUGUUUGUGCAUUUAUGUGGCUCCCUUUUUAUUAGUCACAUAAGUCGGGAAGGCAUCACAGCUUUUAACUGAGACGCCAGCAACUAUCAAAUUAAGCAAUGGUGAAGCUAAAGCCUGCUAUCCUAGCGUGCCUUUUUGGUGGCACAGCACAAGUCGAGCUGAAAUAUGCUGAAGGACGACGGGAAGCAGCAGGCCCGGAAGUAUCACAGCCGGAUCAACGACCUACAGCACCUCCACAUUUGCUGGAUACUUCACCCUUCCGGUUAAAGGAACCUCAGCAGCAGGAUUCGAAGCUUGCUUUACUCCAGCUCCUGCGCGACCUCGGAUGCUUGGAAGGGGGCUGGCACUCACGAGCGUGCGCGGCGCUUGCAGCCAUAUCUUCCGCGGUCGACGCAAGAGAAGUUCGUUUAUAUGGCGCUUCGACGCCCUUCGCCCUGGGCGAGGACGACAAGGGACAACAGCAAGACGUCGCACAGGCCCACCGCCCAUUCAUACUUCUCGCAUACGCAGCCGACCCUCACACAACCGACACCAACACCACCGCUACCAAAACCCAUGCCGGCACCGCAGCUGUCAGCGGUGCUAGCGGCGCCGUUAACGUUGGCAGAACUUCCCCUGCAGCGUCCGCAGCCUUCCGGGGGCCCAUCAAUGAGCCCGCAGCGGGCGACGACGGUGGAGACAUGGGCUGGGGGCCGCAGCUGCUGCCGGGUCAGGAGGUUUGGCCUGUCGUUUUCGACGGAGGAGAGGCAGGCAGGGUGGGAGGAAAACUUGGAGAAGAGAGCGAAAGAGGGCAGCAGGGGCAGGGGCACGAACGACAGCAGGAGCUACUGGAAUCUUUGCCAGUUAUGCUCGGGCGUAUGGUUCAAGAUAAGGUGCCCAUACUGAGCGUUGCUCCCUCACGCAAUCCCUUGCGUGAAAGGGCUGUGACCGAAGCCGCCACCUCCGCAGCUGGCAACGCCACUGUCGCCACCGCCACUAUCGCCGCAGCUGACCUAACCACCGCCAACCACCACCACAACCACCACCUCUCAGGCCAUUGCGUACACGCUCUCGGCACCAUGAACCGCAACGGCACAAGCAGCGCUGUCAAUGAGACCGAAGAAGAUGGCAGUAGUGCCUUCGCUGCGAUUCUACCGCUGACGACCGGCAAAUGCAUUACGGGGGCACUUUGGAUCGCUGGCCACAACAAGAACUCAACAACAAUUCGAAGCAACGCAAAACUCGGAAGGGGCGAGGACGGUGGCCCGUGCCCCUGUCCCUCGCUGCUUACCUGCCCCACCUCCCUAGCGCAGCUGGCCGUCGGUCUGUCCAUGUGCCUCAUGGGUGCGGCAGAUGCGCCGCACGUUGCCGUACUGUCCCAAAGUCUGCGGCAGCUCGCCUUAGCCGGAAGCAUGCAGCAGCUUGUUGGCGGCCUGUGUGACGCCGUGACGGCGCAUGUCCGACAGCGCUUCAUGCUUGACCCACGGGUCGUUGCAGCCCUCAUUCCAGAGCCUUCCUCAACAGUGGGCCUUAUGUUCAGCUGGGGGGCUGCUGACGCCGCGUCAGCAUCUGCUGCUGCUGCUGCCGCCGCCACGAUAACAACCCGGGCCCAGUCCAGGCUGAUGCGCGCUUCCACGACAUCUCUGGCGGGGAUAAAUGUCGUACCCGCAGCGCCUGAUGGCGAGGAGAGCCGUCUGGAGGGGGGAAUGGAAGCCGUCCCGGCCCAAGCGCGUCCAGUGGCGGCGCUGCUGGGUGCGGAGACCUUGCAGGUUUUGGGCCGCGUGAAGUCAGAGACAACCGCGCAAGGUACACGGCGCGGUCCCGCUGCCGCCGCUACCAGCGGCCGCGGCUUCGGUCGCAGUUGCAACAUGGAACGUGGCGAGGUGCCUCCGUGCCGAUCGGUCGGCAGGCCUGGAAGCGUGUCGCGCGUGGUCGCCCUGACUGAGAUAAUGAACGUUGAGACCUUGGCGGCGACAGGUGUUAGUGCGUUUUACUCUGUGGGUGGCGGCAGUGUUGGCGGCAUUGCAUCCGGCAGCUGCGUUGCACUCCAUGUUAAGCCGUUUCCGCUGGCGCAGACCCUUUUGAAGCAGCUGGUCAGGAAAGGCAGCACCGUCGGCAGCAUGGAUUCGGGCGGUGGAGUUGCGGCCACCGCUGCCGCCGUGGUUGGAGCCAAAGCAACGACGUCUACUGUGGCGGCGGCGAAAGCGGGGACGUCGGCAGCUGGCGCUACCUCCUCGCGUGUAAAUCCUGGAGGCACAACCGCCCACCGUCGGAAGGCCUUGGCAACGGUAAUUGAGAACUGCGCUAUGCACGUACAGGACCCGCGACAACCCUCAAGAGACAUCCUUAUGCUGCUGGCAAAUGCAAACCUUCCCGGAAUUGGUGGUAACGGUGGCGGUGGCGGGGCUUCCACAGGCAGUACAGAGCAAGGAAGCUCAUUGGCUCCGGGACAUCACGGCGGCCUAACUUCUCUGAUACUGCUGGCCUUGCCUGUCGUGGGCAGCGGAGGAGUGGAAGGCAAGGGCAUGCUAGGGUUGUACGUGACGUUUGCGCAGCGGCUGCCACAGCAGCUGCUCCUAGAGGCUCAGAAACACGUCGCUGAAAUGCUUGAGGCGCUGUCACCCGUAGUGUCCUGGAAGAUGCUGCAUGAGCUUUCCCUGGAGUUGGAGACCCUGACCACCGCAUCGCCCGGUUUGUAUGCCGUGCUGGAAGCAGCACCACCGCAACCGCCUCCGCCGACUGCGGAGACCGCUGCUGCGUUUCUUCACGGUUCGUCUCCGCUUUUGGACUCCCGGGCUUUCUCACCUCUGUUAGGAGGGCGAACCCGCUCGCAGCUUCCCCAGGUGCCGCCACGUCAGCUUCAGCAAGUGAACGCCCGCAACUUCAGCCUCUCCCAGCUGCCAGGGAGCACCUUAGGUGGGUUGAUGUCCGCACGAACCUCCGCAUGUGCUGCCGGCGACUGCAGCACAGACGGCGGCGGCGGUGAUGAAGGAGUCGCGCCCAUGUACAGCACCAUGUUCGACAGCAGCCGGCCGCCUGAAAGCAAUGCCCACAUGGACCUCAUGAACACUGGGUUGGGUUACGGCGGUGGUGGCGGCGGUGAGCUAGGGACCGGCACGCUGUCUACAAUGCGACUGUGGAGGCGGUACGAGGCGGUGGCCGCAGCAUCGGCGACGACAGGGCCUGUGGAACAGGGCAUGGCGACGCAAACUGGAGGCGGCGCGGGUGGCGGAGGCGGUGGGUCUACCAGGAGCGCCAGCGUUAUAGUGAUGGAAGAGAUGGACACAGCGCACAACACCCUGACUGCCCAAAUGCCGCUGCUGGUGGCAUCGCUUCAAGAGAAGAUAAACAGCGCCAAGGCCGGGGCUGCAGCGGCGGCGGCAGCGGCACUGGCGGCUAUUAUUCCAUCAUCCAACCCCCGGCGUCCGGCGGGCCCAUCCUUUGGCUCCGGUCCUCAGCGUCAGCGGCAGCUUGCAGCUCCUGCGCUGGGUGACCUGGCGCAGAUAGAGCUGCACAGCCAGCUGGGGUUUGGCGGCUGCGCGGUGGUGUUCAAGGGCGCCUUGGGAAUGCUGGACUGCGCAAUCAAGCUCAUGGAGAUGCCGGAGGUCGACGACGCUGUGGACCUUAACUUGGCCGACAUGGGGCCGCAGUAUGCUGGGAGUGGUGGUGGCGGCACUGCUACUUCACAUGCGGAGGUUCAGAAGCAGCAGCUGGGUGCCCGGCGGGCGCUGCUGCGCAAUGCUAUGGAGCUGGCGGUCACGACCUGCAUCAGCCACCCGAACAUCAUGCAGGUGUACAGCACCUUCAGCAACGUGAUGCUGGCUCGCAAUGUGGGGCCGGACGGCACGAUGACAUUGAAGCUCGUGCCCGCACAACCGGAAGCGGGAAAGGACCCAGGUUCGGCGCCCCCCUGCACGGCGCUGGUUUGCGAAUGGUGCGACAGGGGCUGUCUGGGGUCAGCUCUGGCGCGCCGCACCUUCCCUGAGGUGUUCCUGCUCCAACACGACCCCAACCAGCACAGCCACAUGAGUAGCAACAGUGGCGACAACACAGCCUCGGCGCUGCGGGUGCUAGACUACAAGGGCAUGCUGAUGACGCUGCUUGACGUCGCCAUGGCGCUGAGACACCUGCACUCGCACGGCCUGAUUCACCGGGACGUCAAGCCGGCCAACGUGCUACUGCGCAGCUGCGCCACCGAUGCACGGGGGUUUACCGCAAAGCUAGCAGACUUUGGAUUUGCUACCCUGCUUGACCAGCCCGGAGACGAAAGGAGCGGUGGACGUCCCUUCGCCAUUGUAGAAGAGAGCUGUGGCACUGUCACGCAUAUGGCGCCGGAGUGCUGGUCCCAACCUUGCCGCUUGGAUGCGAGCUGCGAUGUGUAUAGCUUCGGCAUCCUCAUGUGGGAGCUCACGGCAGGAGGUGUCAGGCCUUACCUCGAGGUGGCGCCAGCCAACAUACCCCGCUUGGUGCUGGCGGGGAUGCGGCCGGUCUUCCACGAGAGCGUGUCACCGGCGUACAGGCUGAUAGCACAACGCUGCUGGGCCGCUGACCCCAGCCGCCGGCCUCGCUCGUCAGAAGUGGUUACCGCGGUGCAGAGGCUGCUGACUAGCCGGCUGUUGGAACCCAAGUAAGAUGGAACCCAGCAGAGAGGGAACACGGCGGGCAGGUUGAAAGGCGCUAUAGCGCUAGCAUACAGGACGGCCUAACCAAUCCUGGUGCGAGGAACAGGAUGGAGCAUUGGUAUUGUCAUGAUAGGCGCUUGCUGCGGCAAAGUGACGGUGGGAAGGCAGCUUGAGGGCGGAUGGCUGCUGCUCCUCGCGUGGGACAUGGACCCCCCAGCUGGAAAGCCAGCGGGCGGAAUUAAAGGAGGAGGGGGGCAAGGGGAUCUGUUAGUUGUUAGCAAACGUUCUGACUGCUUUCUGAAGUUUGGUAUCAUCUUCCAACCACUGUGCCUGCACGUCGGACGCGCACCUUCGAUUGCAUUGUUCGCAAGAGUGACCCUUUUCUAUGUUUACCGGGCUGCGGAAGGUGGUUUGUUCCGGAGCAUCGCUGCGCAUGGGUAUCAUCCCGCGCAUGCGUGUCGUCACCCGCUGUGCGCUUUCCACGGCGACGGGCACUCCGUGAUUCAAUGAUUCAGGAUAGGGAAGGGAGGUUACAGGCAUGUGUGAGAAUUACAGCACACAUUGCAAACAAUUCUUGAUACUUGCUCGGAAGAUGUUUACGGUGGGAAUGGAGGCAGCAGGAAGCUUACCCAUGCUGUUCAUGGGGAGGCACGCAUUGCUGCCUGCAUACCUGUCUGCAUGUCCUUACGUGUGUAUGUGGGAAAGCGGUGUUUUCGCAUGUCUGGUGGAGCUCCCUUGCUCAGGUAGCAAGCUGCUUGUCCUUACAUUGUAGCACUUGCUGAGCGUGCCUGUCCCGCAACUGACACUAAUGUGCUGCUUUCUGGCUAGCAGCACUGCAAACCCCGGGCCGGGGGUUGGUAGCACUUGCGAGGAGUUUCUGAGAGUUCGCAUGUUAUCCUUAGUGGCUCGGCUGAGAUUUUCUUGACAACUGCAGUACACCGAACGGUUUCGUUUGUGCGUGUCACGCCAUAGCUACUAACGGUGUGGUCAGGGCUACCCUGUUGGCGCUGGUGACUGGACGACGCACUGGGCGCUCCCAGAGCGAGCGAGCGUGGCAAUGCGGAUGGGUUUAGGUAUCUAGUUGUAGUGGUCUGUUUGCUUGCAUGCCUGGGUGGCUGGGGCGGUGGGUUGGGAGGGUGUCGUAUUCCUCUGACUAAUCAUCAACCAUGCACACUGCCGGCCCCUGCUACGUAGCCCGACUCUGGGUGUGCUGCGAUGGUUGCUGCGAUACUGGUAUGUACUAGUAUUACGGGAGGCUGUGUGCAAAAGUACUGCAGGCCACUCGGUAGCUUGCGGGGUGACGCGCUUGUUAGGUAUCUUUACCCAAGUUAGGACUCCAUGGUUUGUAUCAUGCAUUCGGGGUUAUAACCAACCCUUUUCUUGAACAGGGACAUGCUUACCUGCGUACAGCAGGUGUCACACUUCCUUACAGGUGUAUGCACCUCUUCGCAGCAGUAGAGGCGACGUGUUAUUUGCGGGGCUUGUCAGCGCUGCGCACUGCUUCUCUAGGACUGGGGAGACCAAUUGGACACCAUCGAAGCGGUACAUUCUGAACAUGUCUGCUGAAGAAACGGCAGAUCCCGUGCGUACUGCUGGUUGUCGUACGGUUGAUUGUCGUACCGUGAUUGGAUGGUAUCCUGGCACGGUGUCGUUGGGUUGUGUGUCAUGCGUUGUACUGGCCGGCGGUUGAGCUUAACCUGCAAUUAUCUGUUACUUUCUUUACUUGUAUGGCAUGUCCCGGGCCUGGAACUAGCAGAACGAAGACACUGUCGCGCCCUGUUACCGGCACAUGCAUAUCGGCAUGCCAGGGUGCGGUUGUCGCGUGCGUCCCACGGGUCACCUGUGUUGCGGCCAAGAAGGGAGCUUGCUUUGAAAUGGGCAUGCGGUUCUGCGUAUGGUGUAAUGUGUUGUAUUGCUACUUUGUCUUGAAUUGGGUUGCUGGUUGUCCUGAACUGCUGGUUCCUAGUACGGUAACAAGCCCACCGCAAUGACUAGGUGAGGGGGAAUAGUUGUUAGGGCAACACACAUGGGGGCCUUCCUGGAAUGUUUACAGCGCCCAAGCAACAGUACAGCCCGCUUGCACUCCUCGCCUGGCUGUUGGCUGCACUUGGGCCAUGCUGGAGCUAACGCGAGUAGCCAAACGACGGCUACCAUUUGUAAGAGUACGGCAC